AUGGAUCCCGAGGACUUAUCGGAUAAUGAGCUCGAUCAAUUCGACUCUCGUCGUGAGAAGGUCAUGCUUGAUGCCGCAGGUGAUUAUCUCAAUGACAGUGACUCAGAUGAGGUGGCCUCCGAUGAAGAAGUCAUGACAUUGAAACAUGCGCAGAAGGAAAGCGAUGAUGAGAGUGAAGAUGAAGAAUUAGACGAGGAUGAAGAAGAGGAUGAGGAUGAAGAAGAUGAGAAAAGUGGCUGGGGCUCCAAGCGCAACUAUUAUGGAGGUGAUGAUGCCAGUGAUGACGAAGAUGCUCGACAGAUGGUAGAAGAAGCUCUCCGGCAACAGAAAAAACACUUGCAAGAUCUUCAAAUGGAUGAUUUUGUAGAUGAGGACAUGAUCUCGGACUGGAAAAAGGCCGAGAAGGCCGAUAUGAUGGAGGAUCAAAGCGCACAGACAGAGGCCCAAGAGGUCGACUUCGAAGCGAUGGAUGAGGAUGACAAACUCAAACAUUUAAAUGGUCAAUUUCCCGAGUUCAUCCCUCUUCUCAAAGAAUUGAACUCUUUGCUGCCGACUCUCAGUGCUCUCAGGGCCCAGGAAACCAAUGAUGUGAUUUCUGCAAAGAUUUCCGCGUUGUCCGCAUACCUUAGUUGUAUAUCGUCAUAUCUCGCCCUUUUUGUGGAAAACCUAAAAUCACAGGAGUCUGUCUCCAUGAAAGAUCACCCGGUGAUGGAGUCUAUCCUCAGCUCAAGGGAGCUUUGGAGACAAGCUAGCGAAUUGAACUCAAAGGCUAGACCCUCAUCAGCUGUUGAAACCGCAUUAUCUGAGGAGUCAGAGACAGCUGAAACCCACGAAGCCAUGGAGGAGUCUGAAGAAGAAGAGGAAGGAGAAGGAAGACUCGAGACUGACUCUGAGGAGGAAGAAGAGAUGGAGGAACAGAUUGCUGAAGAGGACUCUGAUAAGGAGCUCAACAUUGAUGUCACUGCCAGAAGAAACAUCAAGAAGGUUAAGAAUGUUCCAGCAGUUGGUGACUACACUGAGACUGCCCUUCCUGACAAGAUCGACAGAGAAGAGAAAGAACGUAGAAAGAAGUCCUUGCGGUUCUACACCUCUAAGAUUGACCAGGCUGCACAAAAGGGUGCCAGGCAUGAGAAGUUUACAGGCGACCUCGAUUUGCCUUAUAGAGAACGUCUCUUCGAAAGACAACAGCGUCUUCUGGAAGAAGCUAGAAAGAGAGGUUUGGGCUUGGACAAAGAUUCUGCUGGCGCUGACUUGGACGGUGAAGAUUUUGGCCUCGAUGAUGACAAAAUGGCCCAAGAUAUUAAUGCAGAUGCCGCUGACUACUACGACUCUGUGAGAAUGGCCAAGCAGAACAAAAAGGAGGCCCGUGUUGCAGCACAUGAGAGCGCCAAGAGAGCUGCUAGAGAUGGCAAGCUAGCCGAAUUGCAGGAGUCUGUUGGCGCUGAUGGAAAGAGAGCCUUGAACUUCCAGAUUGCGAAGAACAAAGGUCUUACACCUCACCGCAAGAACGAGAACAGAAAUGCAAGAGUCAAGAAGAGAAAGAAGUACGAACAAGCCAAAAAGAAGCUCAAGUCUGUCAGACAAGUUUACGAGGGCUCGCAAGGUCCAUAUGGAGGAGAAAAGACUGGUAUCAAGAAGGGUCUUUCACGUUCCAUCAAAUUCACUUAG